GGAAAUUCUUACAAACCACUAAAGGAAACCAAAAGGAUGUUGGCAGCACAUUAAAAGCUGCAUUUCCUCACACUGCUUACAUCAAUAUAACACCCAACAGGCAUCGACAGCUACUGGACACUCCUAGAAGCGAUACUUGAGCCAAACCAUCACGACCACAGCACGACCACUGAGCCAUGGGAAAUGCAUUCAACAAAAAACGCCGCUCAUCUCCUGAGACUUUUCCUGAACCAUGGAGGAACAUACCAUGGAACCAUAAAAACACAGACCUGCAGGUUGUGAAGGAUUAUCAUCCUCGUAACAAUGAGGUCCAACAGAUCAGAAUUCUGCUUCAUGGACCCUCUGGUUCUGGCAAGUCCGGCUUCUUCAACUCUGUCGACAGCACUUUACAAGGCAGAGUCACUGGUCAAGCUGCGCCAGAUGCAAUCUCUCACGACAGCUUCACCCAAAAAUACAAAACUUACAAAAUCCAAAAAGGGGGACCAGGGACGCCUUACCCUUUUGUCUUCACUGACAUCAUGGGCCUUGAUAGGGAUGCCAACAGAGGAGUUUCUGUGGAAGACAUCAAACUGGCCAUGAUGGGACACAUUAAAGAUGGAUACACUUUUAAUCCUAUUGCUAAAAUUUCGGAGGAUGAUAAUUACUACAACAAAGAACCCACUCUGAAGGACCGUGUUCAUGUUCUGGUUUGUGUCAUCUCUGCUGACACAUCAAACAUCCUGAGUGAUGAACAUGUGGAAAAGUUGAGGGAAGUCAGACUGGCAGCCAGAGACAUGGGAAUUCCCCAAGUGGCUAUUCUCACCAAGAUUGAUGAAGCCUGUCCAGAGGUCAAAAAAGACAUAAAGAACGUGUAUAAGAGCAUGUACGUGAAGAAACAGAUGGAGAAAAUAAAGGUGGCGCUGGGUAUUCCAGAGUCCUACAUCUUUCCUGUGAAGAACUACCACUCAGAGAUCGACACAGACGAUGACACUGAUACAGUGAUACUGAGCGCACUGAGGCGCAUCAUUAACUUUGGAGAAGACUUUGUCAACAACCUGUAGACCUCCGCACUGCUGAGGCUUUAUCACACUGUGGAAAAAAAGUCCAUUUGUAAACAGGAAUGACAUAAAGGGCUUGUAUUUACAUGCAUGUAAUGCAUAUAGUAUCUGCUAUAUGGUAUGUUGUGUCGCUUCUACCUUGCUGGAUAAAGUAUAAAUAGGCUGUGCAUCAACCUGAGGCAGUUAAAACCUAGAUGUGCAUAAAGCAGGCUUGGAUCACUCUCAAUAUCCUCCUGAGACCCUGAGUCCUCAUAUGAAGACAUUACAUUUUGGGUUUACUGGACUGUAUACUUCAUACUGCUUAACUUAGGCCUGUUGUCCUUGUACAUCGACACUUCUUUGUGCCAUCUAGUGGUAGUAAGAGCACAAUACAUAAUCCAUAAUAAACAAGAUGGCAGGACAGUGGGACUUUACUGUCGUUUCCUUUGAGGAAAUUGGGACUGUAUGUAUCAGGUCCUACUAAUCCAGAGUGGUUGGAGAAAUUAAAAGUAAUAUGAAACAAAAGUUCGGGUCUUGGGAGGAUAUGCAUUUAGAGUUUAGAAUCAUAAAGUAGUUGGUUAUGCUUUGUUGAUUCAGGUGGUAAUUUCUGGUGUUAAACAGGUCAAAAGAAAGCUAAACGUCUCGGUUAAAACU